AUGUGCAAUCAAGAAUCAAGGGAACAACUGGAUAUUAAAGGCCAUACCUCAGCUUCCAUCACGAAUUCCAAAAAUGCAGAUAGAAUGGAUGGACAUGAAUCAACUAACGAUGAGAUGAGGCAAGAACUGAGAGAAGAGGAUACUAUUGCUAGUACAAACCGAAAAUCAAAAGAUGAAGAUAAUAGCCAAGUUGUUACAGAAGAAGAGAUUUUUGAUAUAAACAAAGUUGUGAAGUACUCGUCUGACGAGGAGUCGAAUGACGAUGAAGAUGAGUCCAGUGAUCAUGAUUCCAAUGAUGAAGCAAAAAAUGAGUCGAGUACUCAUGAUUCUAGUGAUGAAUCAUCAGACGAUUGCUCUACUGAUAGUUCAAGUGAUGAUGAUGAUGAAUCAGAAAAGACGACCAAUAAUGUUGUUUGUGACGAUGAAAUCAACGAGGAUGAAACAGACGGACCGAUCAUAUCCAAAAACGAAAUAGUUGAUUUCAAAGUUCCAACGUUACCCACAGAUUAUAAGAUCGAACCAGAAACAAAUAUUCAAUAUGUUGGUAAGCUCUCUGGUGUUGUGGAGAAGAAUGUGAUGAUUGAAUGUGAAUAUAGUGCCGAAGAGAAAGUACUGGGUGAAGGAACAGUAUUUUGUACCGAAGAUCGCCAGCCGCUAGGCUUACUAUACGAAGUUAUUGGACGAUUACAAUCACCUGUCUAUACCAUGAAGUUUAAUUCCGUUGAAGAAGCAGAGAAGUUCAGAGAAAGAAAAGGGCAAAGGGUAUACUUUAUUGUCCCUACUGCGGAAAUAUUGUCUACCAGAUAUAUCAAGUCUUUUAAGGGAACAGAUGCUAGUAAUUGUCAUGAUGAGGAAUUACCUGAAGAAGAGCAGGAGUACUCUGAUGAUGAGAAGGAAGCCGAAGCUAAGAAAAAUAAAAAGAGAAAACGCAAGCAAGUUCAUAAAGAAAAGGCAGAAACUGAAGAGGUUCAAAAAGAAGAUAGAUCUAAAACCUCUCAAGAAUCGAAAAAGCCUAGGAACAUCGCCACUUCUAACACUCAAGUGGGACCGCUUCCAAAAUCGGUGAAAGCAAGAUUGACAUCAUUACCUGCAGCAAAAACUCGUCAGCAUUCUCAAAAGGAAGAGCCUCAACAAAACAAGGGCAUGCCUGUACCUUCUAUUCCGCAAAACCAGCCACCUUUGGAUAAUAUGAGUAUGAUACAACAAUUCAUGGGUAUGUUACAACAAGCUGCAAGUCUACCAAUGCAACCUUCACAACACGUACCACCUGGUCAAAAUUACAAUCCUCAAUACAAUACUCAAUACAAUACUCAAUACAAUUCUCAAUACAGUCCGCAAUACAGUACCCAAUACAGUCCGCAAUACAGUUCGCAAUACAAUUUGCAAGGUAAUUCCCAAUACAAUCUUCCAUACAAUCAACAGUACAGCCAGUCAUAUGACCAGCAGUAUGUUCAAAAUUAUAACCCACCAUGCGGGCAACAAUAUGGUCAAGCAUUCGGUCAACAGUUGACUCAACCAUAUGGUCCGCAGUUUACCUCAAAUUCCAACAACUCAUAUAACGUAACAAAUCCAUCACCAGCAGUGUCAACUGCAAAUAUUCCAAAUGCCAAUCCAAAUAUUCCAGACGGUAAUGCAAGAUUAAUUGCACAAAUAGCGGAAGCAAUAUCAAAGAACCCACAAACUGCAAAUUUGGCAUUGGGACAGCUUUCUACUCAGACACAAAGCCAACAAAGUAAUAGUACCGAUGAAAAUCCAGCUGAAGAUGUUUAUGAUCCGGCCGCACCUUAA